AUGGGUCGUAGAGCAAAGAAUAAGCAAGGAGUACCUCCUACAUUUGAUGAAUUUCAAGCUUCAAAAGCUAAGAAAGAUCAGAAAGGAAAAAGUAAAAGCAAGAUAGAUUCAAGUGCAAAAGUCACCGACGAAAAAACCAAACCUUCAACAAAGAGAAACAGAGAUGAAUUACCAAGUAAUAAAAAUAUUAAGAAGAAGAAAACGGAUACACGUGAUAAUAUAUCAGUAAACAAAAAAGCCGAAAAGGAACUUCCAGAAGUUGAUUUCGAAGAAUUGGCAUCUGCCAAAAAAUCAUUAUUUGACGAUUCAGAUCAGGAAAACGAUGAUAAUGGUGAUGAUGGUGAUAACGAUGAGUUUGAUGUCGAAGAUUUCGAAGGUGAGGAAGGUUUAGAAGAUAUUGAUUCUGAUGAAGAUGAUCGUGCUAGACCGAUGUUUUCAGAUGAUGACGAAGAUGAAGAAGAUUUGGAAGGAUUAAAUGCUCAAAAUAUGGAAUUGUAUUCCAAACAGUUGGACGAAGAAGAAGAACUUGAGGCAGAAGAAGCACAAAAGGAACUUCUUGAAGAGGGCCAGAUACAGCCCAGAGCCAAGGUUUUGCCUACUGAAGAAGAAGAAGAAGAGAUGGCACAAGGUCCACAAGAUGUCACGAUGGUGAGGACACGAAUGCUUGAGAUUGUCAAAGUAUUGGAGAAUUUCAAGACUUUGGCCGAGGAAGGUAGAUCAAGAACAGAUUACGUGACAAGGUUGAUCAAGGAUAUUUGUGAAUACUUUGGUUAUUCAGAGUUUCUUGCUGAUAAAUUGUUUAAUUUGUUUUCACCAGCAGAAGCAAUUGAGUUUUUUGAAGCCAACGAGAUCGCAAGACCAAUUACUAUUAGAACCAACACCUUAAAGACAAGAAGACGUGAUCUUGCUCAAAGUUUGGUGAAUAGAGGUGUUAAUUUGCAGCCCAUUGGAUCAUGGACCAAGGUUGGUUUGCAAAUUUUUGACUCCCAAGUACCUAUUGGUGCUACGCCAGAAUAUUUGGCAGGUCAGUAUAUUCUUCAAGCUGCUUCAUCUUUCUUGCCAGUUAUGGCAUUGGACCCUCAGGAGAAUGAGAGAAUAUUGGAUAUGGCUGCAGCACCGGGUGGUAAAACAACAUAUAUCUCAGCAAUGAUGAAAAAUACCGGUUGUAUUUUUGCAAAUGACGCAAACAAGGCACGUACAAAGUCGUUGAUUGCUAAUAUUCACAGACUUGGCUGCAGGAAUACUAUUGUGUGUAACUAUGAUGCAAGAGAGUUUCCCAAAGUCAUUGGAGGGUUUGACAGAAUUUUGUUGGAUGCACCAUGUUCAGGUACCGGUGUUAUAGCCAAGGAUGAAAGCGUCAAAGUGAGUAGAACUGAAAAGGAUUUUAUACAGAUCCCUCACUUGCAAAAGCAAUUGCUUUUAUCGGCAAUAGACUCAGUUGAUGCUAACUCUCCAACUGGAGGUGUUAUUGUUUACUCUACAUGUUCGGUAGCCGUGGAUGAGAAUGAAGCAGUUGUCGAUUACGCUUUAAGAAAAAGACCAAAUGUUAAACUAGUGGAAACCGGGUUGGCCAUUGGUAAAGAAGGAUUUACCUCUUAUAGAGGAAAGCACUUUAACCCUAAAUUAAAUUUGACAAGAAGAUACUAUCCACACACGUACAAUGUCGAUGGAUUUUAUGUUGCCAAAUUCAAAAAGAUUGCUCCAUCUCCACACGACGUUUCAAAAGCAGGUGCACGCGAAAAGGAAAACGCUGCCAGAGCGGAAGCAGCCGAGGAAGGAAUUAUCCACGACGAUUUUGCUACUUUCGAUAAUGAAGAGGAUGAAGCAUUGAUGGAGAAGUCGAAAAAGAUUAGCUUACGGAAAAAGGGUAUCAAUCCAAAUGCUAAAAAGGACGUGAGCGAUAAAAAGAAGUAG